AUGGAAAGAAUUUUUCUUCAGAAAUAUUUCCUUGCAUCUCGAGUGGCUGCUGUUUGUAGAGAAAUUUAUGGAAUUAAGCAGCGAGAAGGAGAAACCCUUAGUGAAUAUUGGGAAAGAUUCAACAAACUCUGUGCAUCUUGUCCUCAACAUCAAAUGCAAGAACAUUCCCUCAUUCAAUACUUUUACGAAGGAAUGAAUUCGUCAGAUAGACAAUGGGCAGAUGCUGCAAGCGGAGGAUCUUUUCUGGAUCAAUUGCCACAAGCUGCUAGAGAGUUGAUUGAACGAAAGGCAACUGAUAGCCAACAAUAUGAAACAAGAGCAAAUUCAGUAACGUCAUUAAGGGGAGUUCACGAAGUUGAGACUUAUGCAACAAAUGAAAAAAAGAUGGAUGAAAGAAUAGCUGGGUUAGAAAAGAAGCCUGAUGAAAUUGCAAGCUUGUUCAAAACUUCAACUCCAAAAGUAGCAAAGGUGUGUGGAAUUUGUACUUCAACAAGCCAUUAUACUGAUGAAUGCCCUAGCUUAACAGGAACUAUUGUGGAGGAACCAUGUCAAGCUUUUGCUACCAACAUGUUUGGAGGAAAUGGAACAUCUCAGAAUAAUUAUGACUUGUCCUCCAAUAGGUAUGAUCCAAGUUGGAAAAAUCAUACAAAUAUGAAAUGGGGUAAUCAACAACAUGAGCAACCCUAUGUUCCUCCUCAGAUGAGACAACAACCUCAACCAGAUGUUGCAUCACUAGUAGAAAAAUUUAUGAAUGUUGUGGUUGAGCAGAAUGGUGAAGUAAAAAAGAUGAUUACUAACUUGACUCAGAGGGUGGAGAAGUUAGAAUCUAAAGUUAAUCAAGGAUCAAGUCAACUACCUGCACAAACUGUGGUCAACUCGCGUAAUGUAAGUGCUAUUACUUUAAGAUCGGGUAAGCAGGUACGAGGACUUGAGGAAGCCCAAGAGAAUGAAGAUGAGGAAAAUGAAUUUCCACCUAUUGAUAAAAGUGGAGGAUCAAGCGAACCAAUACCAUGUACAUCUGAGACGCCUACACCCACUAAUGACUCUAGAAGGCGUAUUCGGGAUAAUGAGAUUGUGAACUUGGGAAGAAAUGUAUCAAGCUUGAUCAGGAAACCUAUCGAAAUACCACAAAAAUGUAAGGAUCCAGGCCACCAGGAAAGACCAUUUUCCCUUACCAUUCAUGGACCAGAUGUUAGACAGAUUGGCAGAUCUGUAUAG